GUUUGUUUUUCAGUCGCGUGUGAGGUGGCUUUUCUGUGUCUUCGCGAUCGUGAAUCAAUUUGGGCAGUUCAGGUGACUCCCGUCGGUCUCGAAUCAUCUCGCACGCGAACCGUAGACAAUUCCCGACCGCCACGCGUUUCAAAACGGCAUAAACGGCAGCCAGGACAAUUAUCCCGGGAAAUAAAAAUCUGCAUCACACCGUCGGAAUCGGACGGGAAGAGUGCAUUUUUUUUUUGGUCCGUCUACCCGUGUGAGUGCUCCCCCGAGCGUUAAAAGAAGAACGUAGCACGCUGCCGUCGUCGUGCUGAAGAAAAGGUAAGAAGAAGUAACGCGAGGUCGCAUAUCAAACAUCAAAUCAACCUAGCAGACCCUAAACAAGAGCGGACGAAAGACAAAGAGAGAAGACGAAGCAUAUACACAGCUGACAGUUUGGAUACAACAUAAGCCGAUAAACGUCAAAGACAGAGAAGAAGACACAAACAGCACCACUAGCUGGAAAGAGAGCAAAAACAAAACAAACACCGCCGUAGAGCGGUUACUAUAAACGAACACAUUCUCACUCUUGCAUUCAAUUCGGCCGAGUGGGAUUACGUUCACACAUACUUUCAUUCAUCGGUACGACUCAUUCAUAGCGGCACCCUAACGGUGUGCGUUUAAAUCAAAAACGAGCCAGUGCUGCCAGUUUGAAGGUACCGAUUGAAGUAGAAACCCAACGGUCGUCAAUAACGGUGUAUUGCUGGACGUAAUUUGCACUUUUAUCCAAUCAUAUUUCUAAGUAAGUGACACUUAGAGCACGUGUGAAGGCAGAAUUUGGUAUACUAGCACCUAUAACAAAAUGAGCAGCAGAGACAGCAUCAGCUUAGCCAAGCUUAAAGGCCAAAAAUGGCGGUUGUUCACUGAUAUUCCAAACAAGUUGAAUGGUUUGGACUCUGAAGAUGAGGACAUCCCAAUAAGCGAACUUGGCGGAGAACACCGCAGCAAGUCUACCAAGUCCCAUGGCAGUCACCAUAAAAACUCCAGUAGAAAUUCGUCCUUUGCACCGUCGGUAGUGUCCAGCACCGGUCACCAUCGGAAUAGUGUCAACAACCGACAGAGAGGUAGCGUAAUGAGACUGGAUAAGGCCGAUAUGGGACUGUACGGAUUGUGUCCAGAAACCGAUCCGUUCUAUGCUGUAAUCUGUGAUAUUUGUGGCAGCGUGGUUAAACCACAAGGCCUUCAGAAGCAUAUGAUAAACCGUCACCAUUCCUACUACAGUCACGCUACCAAGAAUUUGUCAUUGUUGCAUAGCACUCGCGAUCAUCACUUCAAUCAUGAAUUGACUGCUCGAAGCUCUAUCAGUUCUAGUGAUUCCAGUAGGUCCGAUAAACUGCACCAGUCUUCUGGUGGCAGCUCUUCUAAGCACGAAGACUUGGAUAACACACCACUCAAGAUCCGAAGCAGCAGUUCCAGCUCGAAACUGAAAGGCAAAAAUGGCAAGAGUGUUUCUUCAUCGCACAGUUCUUCACACCACAAUGGGAAAUCGUCCAGCUCUAGUAGUAGUUCAAAGUUGUCUAUACAUGAGUCUAACCCACCGACGGAAUCCAUCAGCACGGUUCCUAGUUUCCGGGAUCAACUGAAGCACGAAUCUUCUUCAAGUGUAGCCUCGACUAGUACUAGCAUUUUAGACAAAAAAGCCUCGUCCACUUCUACCUCAUCUGGUGUCAGCAGUGAUAGCACUUCAUCCAUCAACACGUCACCAUCGGGAAAGGGGGGAAAGCGGAGCAGCUCCAAGGUGGCCUCCUCCGCUUCCUCGUCCUCAUCCUCAUCUUCAUCGUCAUCGUCUUCUUCAUCAUCGUCGUCCAGUACGACAAGUGGCAAUGGUAGUAGCAGUAGUAGUAGCACCAGCUUUUCCGCUACCAGCAACAAAAUGCAGUCUUCCACCAGCGACAGGAAAAAUGACAGACGGGAAUACGACCCGGAAAAGCAUUGUGGUGUGGCAUCUGUGGACGGUAAGCGGCACUGUACCCGCCCAUUGAACUGCAAGUCUCAUCCACUUUCUUCGCGGCGAGCUGUUACAGGUAGAAGCAAGAACUUUGAUAAACUGUUGUCAGAUCAAAAGAGUAGCACACCAGUUAAGGAUGAGAGCUAUAUCGAAGUGGAAUCAUCGAGCAACUCGUCAUCGGGUUUCGAGGCUCGUUCUGCCGGUGUAGAGGUGUCCUUCAACGCAUCAACCGAUGGGGCCCAUCUCCUGUACACUCCCGAGAAAUCUAGUCCACGCAACGAAAGUGCUCCAUCAACCCCAAGCAGCCUCAAGACCACCAGCAGUUCCAGCAUUGCUUCAUCUCCAUCGGCGAAAUCAUCGGAGUCCAAAAGCGAUCGAUCUAAGCACAAGGCGCGUUCGUCUGGUUCUAAUUCAUCGAAAAAUAAUGUGUAUCACGAACCAUUACAACCCUUGCAACAAAUACAACAAACCUUGGCUCCACCGACAGCAUCGACCCCUGUAGCUUCCAUUCAGUCCAUUCCCGUUACGCAACAGCGGCUCAAGCAACAACAACAACAAAUCGCUAUCCCCGAAGCGGCCGAAAUUCUCGCUCAGCACUUUGCCGAGGAAAAUCCCAAUACGGUUCUCUCGGAUGCUACAAUAGUUAUGGAUCCUAAUACAAACAUGCUGAAGCUUUCCGUUUCCGGUACUCUACAUCCCACAAAUGAAAUUGAAACUCCAGAAGAGUCUAUACAGCAAUUCGCUACCAACCUGAUGCAGGAACAGUUGACCGUUACGGUUCCAUUAUCUGUGAUAUCUUCAAUGAAUAUUUCCGGAACCAACUUGGUUAACGUUAAUGCCGGGAUUGAUGAUCCGAAUGCAAUCACUUCGACGACAGCUGCUUUGAAUGAUGGCACGACCGUUGCUAUGCAUACUGGGGAAAUUUUAGCUGCGAAUGGCAUACCGACUGAGGCGGGAUUAACUAGAACGGAGCAGUUUAUUUCGGCAGAACUGAUCAAUCAAAUACCGCUGGUGCAGGCUGCAGAUAGCAGUGAAUUACAUGACCCUAAUCAAUAUAUAGCUACGUCUACAAGCCAAGAGCUAAGUGAACAUGCAUUAAUCUCGAAUUAUAGCGAUCAAAUCAACUACACCCUGCAAACAUUAGCUCAAAACCUGCAAAAUGCUGAACAAAUGAGUGGUCAAACCCUUCAAGCAGACCUAUCUGAGAGCAUAGACGACAUAGUACCAACCAUUAACUUGCUUCCGGCGGCAGCAAAUCCGCUGGUAUUGCCUACGCUUCAGGCUGACUUGGCUGACUCCAUCAUACUCACUCCAAAUCAACUCACUACAAUUUCACAAUCUCUCGUUGAUCAACAUUUCAUCGAAAAUGUCACUUUGAAGCCGGAGUUGGAAAUAUUAACCGUCAACACACCCGUAGAUAUAUCCAAAUUGAACCUCUUGAGAACUGUUGACGAUGAGUUCAUAAAAGAACGCCAUCAGCAGCAACAACAGAGCAAUACGAUGUACCACGCUCAAAUUGACGAAUUCCGUGGAGUGAAAAUGUGGUACAGUAAUCUGCCCAAGCCUCUCCAUGUGAACAAUUUCCAGUUACGGAAGUUGGGCGGAGGAUACGUCGUCAACCGGAAGUUACUGAAUAUUCGCAAAAAUUUAGUCAAUGAAUCAAACAACCUAGCCAAAUCGCUCAACUCACAGUUAUCUCCCAUCGGUGGUCCACGCAGUGCGCUCAAUUUCAACACUUCCGGUGCCCGUUCCGGCGAUCUUCUGUCGCCAAUCUCCGGAAUGGGCAAAAGUAAGGACACCAAUGGCGGUUUAGGUCUACCAGGUUCUCCAGUAGGCAACCGACUAGGGCAAGUUAACCGUGGCCAGCGACGGCUGAUACUGCCACAGGCUUCGAUUAAGAAACCAACCGAAAAGACUUCUUGUAUGCUUAGUAACGCGUACUUUAAAAAUCUAAUUAGUUCAAUGCAACAACAGCAAUCUACUAGCCAUCAAACCAGUAGCAGCACGCAGAGUCUUAAGCGACCCGCUUCAUCGUUGACCUCGUUGUCCAACAAACGUUUGAAGAUCAUUAAUAAUUUGCAAAAUUCAACCGCCCCACCACAGAUGCUGCUACAGGGCAGUGGAAAAGUAAAGCCAAAAGUAUUAUAAUUAGUGAUUAGGAUCUAUAAUCUCGAUAGCUCCGGAGGCGACACCGACGACAGCGAAUAGAGAGCUCAAGAUCCUGGAGUACACAACAAAUGGGAGAAAGGAAUACACUUAGUCAUUCGAAUGCUGAACACACACUGUUGCUGCAAUUACAGCCCCGGUUGGCUCUAGCGCGUAAACGGGAAUAUUAUGGACUGAACGAAGUUAAAAUAAUGUUUGUCUCUACGUAUAUAUAUAUACAUAAAAAUAAUCAAGAUUAUUGAACAAAUACUAUGGUAGAUAUAAUGACACAUUAGAAGGGGCGUUUUUUUUUGGGACGAACUUUUAAAUAAAUCGUAAUUUCUGAUCAUUCACCUACAUGAGUUUGUUCUUGUAUACUUGUUAAACUUGCCUCGCAGAAAGGCAACGAUUGUAUUAAAUCGAUUUAUUUAUUUAACAAUAGAAGUGUAGAAAAA